AGUUACAAAACAUCAGCGUAUUUCCACUGUUAUAUAUAUUUUAUCUUGAACAUUCAAAAUGAAAUUAGCAAACGCUUUUGCAUUUUUAACUGGUGGUGCUAUGGGAGUUGGUGAAGGGAUUGCUGAGGCUUUACUGAAAAAUGGAGCCAAGGUAUGUAUAGGUGAUGUUAAUAAAGAACAAGGGAAGAAAGUAGAGUCCAGGCUUCAAACAACCUAUGGUCAGGAUAAAGUAAAAUUUAUUUAUUGUGAUGUUACGAAAGAAGACGUCUUUAUAGGGGCAUUUAAAGAAGCUGUUGAGACAUUUGGCCCUAUAGAUAUUAUGAUUAACAACGCAGGAAUGAUACACGAGAAGAAAUGGCAAUAUAUGAUGGACGUUAAUGUGGGAGGUGUAGUGGUUGGAACAAAUCUUGCGGUAGAACAUAUGAGGAAAGAUAAGGGUGGUAAAGGUGGAGUAAUCAUCAACACUGCUUCGUUUGCUGGUCUUGAUGCUCGUUUUGUGUUCCCGAUCUAUGCUUCCUCGAAAGCGGCAGUGGUGCAUUUUACUUCCAGUUGGGCGGCCAAUCCAUAUUUAAAAGAUAUGGGUAUUCGGUUUGCUUCAGUUAAUCCUACUGCUGUUGAUACAGCAUUCCAGAAAUUUAACGAUGAACAAGUCUUAUAUCCUGAUGAUUUUAGAGAAAUGCUGAAAACUUUAUCCUUGUUGCCGGUGGAAAGGUGUGUAGAGGGAUUUAUGAAAGUUAUAGAAGAUGAUAACAGCAAUGGUACAGUUCUAGUUGUAUCGUUAAAGCAUGGUAUAUGUCCUAUGAAGCUGGAUCUGGUCAAGGCAUAAAAAGUAUUUGUUAGCUUUUAUAUUGAAAUAAAUUUUUAACACGUGUG